UGUAGUUAUAAAGUCAGUGUAAACACAGCACACACAACUAACAACUCAAUUUUAGUUUUUGAGUAAGAGAUUUUUACAUUCUAAAUAAAGACAAUUUUUGGGUUGAAAUCUCUAAGAGAUUUUUAAUUCCUAAUGUGUUAAUCUAUCUCAAAUUGAUUUGGAGUUUUUGUCUCAAAUGGUUUUUGGUUAUGAAAAUUAACCAAUUUCAGUUUAGUUUCUUGAAACUGUCCACCUCCCUAAGUCCCAAAACACCCACCAAUUUUGAACCUUCUUCCAACAGAAAAAUUGAAAGACAAAAAUUCUCUCCAUUGCCCAAUUUGUUGUAACUCAACUUCAAUCAUGGCUUCUUCUUCUUCCUCUACUUUAAUCCCACUUCUCUUCCUACCCAUUUCCCAUUCACAUCCACCAACAUGGAAGACGAAGCUUCCUCCAGUUUACUUUCACAUAUCAAGAACCCUAUCCUAGCAGAGGAAGUUUCAGAUUCUAAUUUCACAUAUUAUGCCAUACCUGAAGCCAAGCGCCCGAGAUUGGACAAUGAUCUUAAUGAUGUUAUGGCCGUCGGAAAAUUCAAAGGCGUUGUACCGCAACAGAAUGGGCGUUGGGGAGCACAAAUCUACGCGAAUCAUCAGAGGAUUUGGCUUGGUACCUUCAAAACAGAGAAAGACGCUGCUAUGGCUUAUGAUAGCGCCUCUAUCAAGCUUCGUACUAGAGAUUCUCACCGGAAUUUCCCUUGGACUCGUCGAACAAUCGAGGAACCUAAUUUUCAAAUCAAAUUCUCUACAGAUGCUGUUUUGAGUAUGAUCAAAGACGGAUCGUAUUACUCCAAAUUCUCCGCUUAUUUACGAACACGAUCACAAAUUCACGACACGAAUAUACAAAAUCCUAAAAAAAUCGACAAUGGCGAUGGUGAUAGCCUUUUCUCUUGUAGUCAUCUAUUCCAGAAGGAAUUAACACCGAGCGAUGUCGGGAAGUUGAAUCGACUCGUAAUCCCUAAAAAAUACGCUGUGAAACAUUUCCCGUACAUCAGCGAAAGUGCAGAGGAGAACGGCGACGAUAUCGAAAUCGUGUUCUACGAUACGUCAAUGAAGAUAUGGAAGUUCCGGUACUGUUAUUGGAGGAGUAGCCAGAGUUUCGUGUUUACUAGAGGGUGGAAUCGCUUCGUGAAGGAGAAGAAACUGAAGGCGAACGACAUUAUCACGUUUUACACAUACGAGAGCUGUGGAAGAGAAGAGAAUGGCGGAUCAUUGAACUUCAUUGACGUAAUCUACAAGAAACCGGAGGAUGAUCAGAGCGAAAGUAGUUGCUUAGCGGCGGAGAAAGAGAGUGUUAAGAAUGAGAAAAUAUUGGAAAGGGAGAAGCAAAAUGAGGAGAAGGAUUAUGAGAAGAUGAAGAAGAAGGAGCUUUUGAGCUUUGAAUUGAAUCAUAAUGAUAACAAAGUUGGGGAAAAGCGAAUCAGACUAUUUGGAGUGAAUAUUAAUUGAAAUGAAAUUAGGAUUUCAAUUAGGGUUCUUAACCAAAAUAGAUCAUAGGUUUCAAAAACUUCUUCCUAACCUUUGUUUAUUGUUUGACAAACAUUUAAGAAUUGUGUGGAAUCCAGACACACUACAUAAUUAUUAAAUAUGUUGAGUGUCGAUCGAAUGAAAGAAGUGUGUAUUUUAAUACCUAAAAUUUGAUUACACAAGUAAUGUAUCUUAGAAGAAAGAAGUCUCUUGGUUCAAUAUA